AAAGCGGAGUUUAAGAAAGUUAAGAUUUUUGCAAGUGUGGUUGGAUUUUAGCGACAAGAAGAAAACCAGACACACCUUCUCACGGACGGAACAAUUUAUCAAUUGUCUUGUUUGAACAUCUUCUAGUUAGUGUUCUUUUCAUUGAGGGCUCUUAAGAUAUAUUCUUGUACUCUAGCCUUCCUUAGUGUGUGUGUGUGUGUGAAAGUUUCCGAGCUAUAUUGCGACAAUGGUAGCGGUGCAUUUUAGCUUUGUGAAGUUGAACAGAGGUUUACUAGUGUGUUUAUGGCUAUUUGGUACGAUAUCGCUAUCCUGCGCAGCGAGGUAUGGCGCGUCAAGGCAGAAGCUAGAGGUGAAGAAGCACUUGAAUAGGCUGAACAAACCUGCUGUUAAGACCAUUCAGAGUCCAGAUGGAGAUAUAAUCGACUGUGUUCCUAUCUCAAAGCAGCCAGCUUUCGACCACCCUUUCCUCAAAGACCACAAGAUUCAGAUGAGGCCUAGUUACCAUCCUGAAGGACUCUUUGAUGACAACAAAGCAUCUGCAAAGCCAAAGGAGACGAAAGAAACUCACAUCCCUCAGUUAUGGCAUCGGUACGGUAAAUGUUCUGAAGGAACCAUUCCGAUGAGGAGGACAAAAGAGGAUGAUGUGUUGAGAGCAAGUUCUGUUAAAAGAUACGGCAAGAAGAAACACAAAACUGUUCCCAUUCCUAAAUCUGCUGAACCUGACCUCAUCAACCAAAAUGGUCAUCAGCACGCCAUAGCUUAUGUGGAAGGAGAUAAGUACUAUGGAGCUAAAGCGACUUUGAAUGUGUGGGAGCCAAAGAUACAGCACGCAAACGAGUUCAGCUUGUCACAGAUAUGGCUUUUGGGUGGUUCCUUUGGACAAGAUCUUAACAGCAUUGAAGCUGGUUGGCAGGUGAGCCCGGAUCUAUAUGGAGACAAUAAUACAAGACUCUUCACUUACUGGACUAGUGAUGCCUACCAAGCUACUGGUUGCUACAACCUUCUCUGCUCAGGCUUCAUUCAAAUCAACAGUGACAUAGCAAUGGGAGCAAGCAUCUCACCAGUCUCUGGAUACCGUAACUCUCAGUAUGAUAUCAGUAUCCUAAUCUGGAAGGAUCCAAAGGAGGGACAUUGGUGGAUGCAGUUCGGUAACGGGUAUGUUUUAGGGUACUGGCCAUCGUUUCUCUUCUCUUACCUUACAGAGAGUGCGUCAAUGAUCGAGUGGGGAGGAGAGGUUGUGAACUCGCAGUCAGGUGGCCACCACACUUGGACGCAAAUGGGAAGUGGGCACUUUCCGGAAGAAGGUUUCAGCAAAGCGAGUUACUUUAGGAACAUACAAGUGGUCGAUAGUUCUAAUAACCUUAAAGCACCGAAGAGGAUGGGAACGUUCACGGAGAAAUCUAACUGUUAUGAUGUUCAAACGGGAAGUAAUGAUGAUUGGGGACAUUUCUUUUACUAUGGUGGUCCUGGUAAGAACAAGAACUGUCCAUAACGGUGGCGUGCAUAGUGUGUACUCAGCUUUAUGUUUCUUUCAGUCUUUGUAAUAUUUCAUCCUCCUUGUGUAGUAAUGGCUGUAGUGAAAAAAAAACAAAACUCAGUUAGUGAUGAUGUAUUGUGUAAGCUCUCCUUAGGUGAUGGAAAGUUUUUGAUGUUUGUCUUAUUUUUAACUUUGUAUUAAAGUGUCCAUGUAAGUAUGUAACUAGAUGGGGGGAAUGGGGAGUGAAGUUGUGGCUUAAGUAAUAUCACAUUCUCUCUCA